AUAGCCUUGGCCGCUCUCAUUUUUCUCUUUGCUCCGAUUGAAUUAAAACUCCAAUCUUACGACGUAUGGACUAUCCUUUCAGUCCACGAGCAUAAAUACAUCAACUCCAAUCUUGUGUCUCUCAUCUGAUCUUUGACACUUCUUCAAAUAUGGCGAGUAAAAAGUUCAGCGGAUUGUACGUUUCUCUUGGCAAAUUACAUAAAGAAAGUAAAUCUUGUGUAAAAGCCGCAUUAACGCAACGCACAUACGCAACAGCGGACGAAGGAGAUACCAAAAUCACUCAUACUGGUCAAGUGUUCGAAAAAGAUGACUAUCGAUUAAUACGAUUUUUGGACAGACCAAAAGAAGUUAAUCCAAACUGGGCUAUCAAUCUGAUAGACGAAGUUCCACCAGCCCCAAGAAAAGAAAGAAUUGUAUCUUGCGAUGGCGGUGGAGGUCCACUUGGACAUCCUAAAGUUUACAUAAACUUGGACAAACCUGGCAAUCAUACUUGCGGAUACUGCGGUCUGCGUUUUUACAAAGAGCAUCACUAAAUGUUUGAGCAUUGUGUGUGGGUAGUUUACAUUAAUUAAUUUAUAAAUUUUACUGGUGUAGCAUGUGAUGUUAAUAAAUGUUAAGUAAAAAAAGAGUGCUAUGGCAUAUAUUGUGAGUAAAAAUGUACUAUAAAUGUAAAAAAACUAAAUGUAUAAUAAAAGACUAAAGAUUAGAUUA